CCGAAGGAGAAAAAAGUGCUUUGUCAACUUUCUUCAGUAAAGGCGAAACUGGACGCUGGUUUCAAAAUGUUUGCAUUAAUGAUGUUGUUUGAAAUUGUCUGUUUUGUUAGUGGACACCAAUGUAAUUCACGCCAACACAUCAUGUUUGGCGCGGAAAAUCGAGCCAUGAAAGAACGAGCGUACGCAACAAAAACUGUGCAAUCUCCUGUCAUCUGCGGACGGGAAUGCAGCAUGGAUGAACGUUGCAAAUCUUUUAACUUUAACAACUGCAAAAACAUAUGCGAGUUGAACCUUGCUACAAGACGAGAGCAUCCCGAAGACUUCAAUGCAACUCAAGGGAGUGUGUACUUUGAUGCAGAUGAGGACACACUCCUCUACUCACUGACUGAUAGCUCUUUGAAUCGCUACACAAGUUGCAAGAUGCUCUUAGAUUCCGGUUAUCGUUCAAGCGGUAUCUAUACAAUCUACGCAAAGGGUUUCUGUAAUUAUAGUCUUCGUGUCUACUGUGACAUGGAAACUGACGGCGGGGGAUGGAUCGUGUUUCAGAGGCGACAAGAUGGCAGCGUGGACUUCUACCGUAACUGGACCGAGUACCAGUUUGGCUUUGGUGAUCUGUCCGGCGAGUUCUGGUUGGGCAACGACAACUUGGUGACUCUGACGUCUGAUGAUUCACGUGGAACAUGGGAGCUACGCGUUGAUUUAGAGGACUGGGAGAACAACACAGCAUGGGCCAAGUACUCAGAUUUCCAAAUAUCCCCGGGUGAGUACAAUCUGAAUAUUGGCCAAUACGAUGCCAACAGCACUGCCGGUGACUCUCUUGCUCUUGGGCAUCACACAUAUUCCUUUUUGGAUCUCAGAGGACGUGCCUUCACAACAAAGGAUCGUGACAAUGAUGCAGCAGAUCUUAAUUGUGCACAAACAUACACAGGCGCCUGGUGGUUUAAUGGGUGUUUUUACUCUCACUUGAAUGGUCAAUAUAACCCAGAUGAAAAUGCAGGUUUUUUGGGUUUGCAAUGGCGUUCAUGGAAAUUGGAUUAUUCUCUAGAAGCAUGUAGCAUAAAAAUGAGAGAAAUUGGACCAUAAAUAUUGAUUUUGUAGUAUUCGAUUAAUGAGUUGGCGCUUGUUCAUCAUGUAGAAUGGUACAAUAUGUCCAUCUUUUACCAAUUUUUGCCUUAAAUAUCCAUUGCAUUUCUAUUAAAACAAAUACCCAAAAUAUUUAUGACGUAGACAAUAAACACGAAUCGUUAUGAACUUGCUGGCGCAAAAUAUUCCAUACCAAUUAUCAACGUUUAAUGGGUACAGAAUAAGUCUGUUACGCCUAAUACGUAACAUUGGCCCAUGACCUUUCUUUUGAGCUUUUAAAACGCUGUGUUUGCACAUGAAGAUUGGAUGUGUAAACCCAUAGAAUUAACCUUGUAUAUGUUAAAAAUCAAUUUCUAACCAUAAUUUCCAAAAUUUAUGUUUCACAUUUUUAGAUAUGUUUUUAAUUAUAAAAAGGAUAUCCAUAUGUUGCCAUGCAUUUGAAAUUACAGAAAGAUUACAAAAUGGCAUGUCCACACUUGAACCAACCGAAAUGUUAAAGUUUAACCGAAUUCAACCGAAGCUGCUACAACUUCGGACUAAAAGCUUGUUUCCAAUCUGAAUUAACAUAUUUGAUGAGCUAGAAUAAUAAUCUAAGCACUGGCAAAAACAGUUCAUUUAUAAGUACACAUUUAGCCUGUUGUUUUCUUCUUUUUUGA